AUGGCUGGUUCCGGUUGGUUUUCAUCAAGGCAGGCCAAAGCUCUUGGACUUACCUCAAGGAUGGAUGUUUAUAUGGUGAUCAGUGAUAUUAAAAACUCUUCACAGCUAAAGCUACUCACACAUCCAGAAUCAUUCCAAGAUUAUGGUUUUCAUGCAUUUCUUGUGGAAUCAACUAAGGGAGACUUGUUGCAUAUCCUACGAAAUUAUGCGCUAACAGACGGUUUUUUGAAGCAUAAUAAUAGGCAUACUACGGGCUUUGAGGUUUACAAGUGGGUGUUUGACGAUGAAGAUGGAUCUAUUAGGCACAAGGUUGAAUUGAAAAGCAUUGGAGACGCGGCUCUAUUUGUGGGCGACAAUGAUUCAAUCUUUGUUAUCCUACAUUCAAUGAUGACCAAAGAUAUGAUAUGGGUAUCUUCAACUUGGAGGACGGAACUGUCACACAACCUUACCCUCUAUGCACCAAUUCUCAAAGAGCUAUUUGGGUUGUGCCACCCUCUAUGUUAG